AUGGAGCAGCCGGACGCGGUGCCGAAGCAGGUGGACGGGCAGCAGACGGUGGUGCCAGAGAAGCAGGCCGACAGGCAGCAAACCGCGGUGCCGGAGAAGCAGGACGACGGGCAGCAGACCGUGGUGCCGGAGAAGCAGACGGACGAGCCGAAGACCGUGAUGCCGGACCAGGCUGACGGGGAGAAGAUCGUGGUGCCGGAGAAGAAGGCCGACGGGCAGCAGACUGUGGUGCCGGAGAAGCAGGCCGACGGGCAGCAGACCGUGGUGCCGGAGAAGCAGGCCGACGGGCAGCAGACUGUGGUGUCGGAGAAGCAGGCCGACGGGCAGCAGACCGUACUAGAGAAGCAGGCCGACGGGCAGCAGACCGUGGUGCCGGAGAAGCAGGCCGACGGGCAGCAGACCGUGGUGCCGGAGAAGCAGUCCGACGGGCAGCAGACCGUGGUGCCGGAGAAGCAGGCGGCAGACCGUGGUGUCGGACAAGCAGGCCGACGGGCAGCAGACCGUGGUGCUAGAGAAGCAGGCCGACGGGCAGCAGACCGUGGUGCCGGAGAAGCAGGCCGACGGGCAGCAGACCGCGGUGCCGGAGAAGCAGGCCGACGGGCAGCAGACCGUGGUGUCGGACAAGCAGGCCGACGGGCAGAAGACCGUGGUGUCGGACAAGCAGGCCGACGGGCAGAAGACCGUGGUGCCGGACAAGCAGGCCGACGAGCAGCAGACCGUGGUGCCGGAGAAGCAGGCCGACGGGCAGCAGACCGUGGUGCCGGACAAGCAGGCCGACGGGCCGACGGGCAGCAGACCGUGGUGCUGGAGAAGCAGUCCGACGGGCAGGAGACCGUGGUGCCGGAGAAGCAGGCCGACGGGCAGCAGACCGCGGUGCCGGAGAAGCAGGCCGACGGGCAGAAGACCGUGGUGUCGGACAAGCAGGCCGACGGGCAGAAGAUCGUGGUGCCGGACAAGCAGGCCGACGAGCAGCAGACCGUGGUGCCGGAGAAGCACGCCGACGGGCAGCAGACUGUGGUGGCGUAG